GUGCCUGAUGAACCCGUUGCAGACCCUGUCCAUUACCUACUGCAACCUUUCACAGUCAGACCUGAAUUCCUUGUCUGAGUACCCGAAACUCUUUCAGCUGAAACAUCUGGACAUGAAAGGUGUGCGCUUAAAGGCUUUGGAUCUUACACCUCUCCAAAUCCUCCUAGAGAAUGCGGCAGACACUUUGCAGUCCCUGGAUUUGAAGGCUUGUAGGAUGAAGGACACUCAUCUCACUGUGCUCAUACCCGCCCUCAGCAAGUGCUCCCAGCUGGCCAAUGUCAGUUUCUAUGACAAUGAUUUCUCCAUGCACAAUCUGAGUAACCUUUUGCAGCACACAGCUAACUUGAGCAAGAUGAAUGUGGAACAGUACCCUGCCCCACUGGAGUGCUAUGAUGAGUUGGGUUAUAUCUCCACAGAGAGAUUUAUCCAAGUAUGUGAAGAGCAAAUAGAUAGACUCAGGGCCAUAAGGCAACCCAAGUGCAUCUCCUUUGCUACACAUAUGUGCUCUAGAUGUGGAGAGCGUUGUGUCUAUGGCCAAGGAUUCAGACUCUGUCUUUGCCAGCAGAGGUUGUCUCUGGACAGAAGUAAACAGAAACAGAUUGAUGACAGUAAUGUCAACUUUCCCAACACUGGGGGACUUGGAUAA